AUGAAAGGAUUAGAGAAGGAUUUAGAUGUAUUAAUAGAUUAUUGUAAUUAUUUAGUCAUCUUUUGAUAAAAUCAAUAAUCUAAUUGAUUCAGUAUUCAUUAUCGAUUCGCCAAUUUAUAAGUUUAGCAAUCCAAGGUUGGAAUUAGCUUAGAUAAAAGUUGAUUAAUUCCAUUUAAUUGGAUAAUCCAAGUUUUAAUACAAUAUUCUUUAAGAAGUAAAAUCAUAAACUAGCUUAAAAAUCUAAGAAUAACUUCAAUUCAAACUCUAAUCAGAUUCGCGUUAUUCAGAUUCAUUUAUAUCAUCACAAAUAAAUGAUCUCUAAGAAGUGAAUCAAAUUUAAUCUCCAAAAACUUCAUCCAAUUUAAAAAAAUUUACUUAUUAAAUAAUUGAAGAUAAUUCAAUUAAGGAGUAACAAAUUUGUUUUGCGAUAACAAUUAAUAAGAAUUGCUCAAAGGUGGCAGUUGGUUGCGAAGAAUAAAUUAAAAUAUAUGAAUUCAAAUAAGGAAUGGUGAAAUAAACUGAAGUCUUAAAUGAACACACGAGUUAUGUAUACACCUUAAACUUCAUAGAAAAAUCAAAUUAGUUGAUAUCUGGUGAUGUUGGUGGAUCAAUAGUAAUUUGGUCAAACUAUAAAAAUAGUUAAUUGAAUUCCUUAUAAACAAUAAAAGCACAUUCUAAUUAUCUUCGGUGUUUAAUUUUGAAUAGUCAUGAAGAUCUUUUUAUAACAUGUAGUGAUGAUUAAACUAUUAAGUUUUGGAAUCUAAAAAGUGAAUGGGUUUGUUAAUAAACAAUCACUGAUCAUACUGGUAGAGUAUAUCAAAUCAGUUUAAAUGAUUAAGAAAAUAAACUUAUUUCUUGUGAUUAGGAUAAUUCAAUAUUAGUAAUUGAGUAUUCUAAAUAAAGUGAAAAGUGGAUUGUUAUAUAAAAAAUAAAAGUUGAUGUUUAUGGAUUUCGAUUAUGUUUUAUUAAUAAUGAUAUUUUUACAUAGGCAAUUUAAUGCAUGUCUUUGAGAUGA